CUGCAAGGCCUGUAUUGAAUAAAAACAUUAUUAUGGUUUAUAUAGACCCAAAGAGGCGGGGCUUUAUGGCGCUUCCUUAGUGCCCAAGCAGUACUGCUUCGGAUUAGAGGGAAGGGAAGAUCUUAAAGUGGGUGUGGCCUGAGCGGCAGGUUAUGUGUGGUGAGCGACCUGAGCGGCUGAAGCCUAAUGAAUGAUUUAAAUGAUCCACCACAGUGGAACAUACCACCUAAUGAAGGUGAAGGGAGCAAAUGGAAUUACGCCUUACUGGUCCCUAUGCUUGGACUUGCCGCAUUUCGGUGGAUCUGGUCGAAAGAGUCAGAGAAAGAAAUUGUUAGAGUUAAAACAGAAUAUUACAAUAAAGUAGACAAUAUACAAAGAAACCUUGAAGUAAAAUAUCGUGACAUCAUUGUUGAAAACCGUCGUGCAGUUGCUCAAUUGGAAAUUGAACUUGAGAAAGAACAGAACAGGACUCUCAGCUACCGCAGAGCCCUAAUUUCCCAGAGUCAGAAGCUGGUGGAGGAAAGGAAACUCUUAGAUCGUGAUCGAAAUGAGCUAAUGGAGCAAAAAAGGGCCGUACAGCAGUCUGGGGCAGCAGGAGUCUUGUACAAGAGCUGUCUGGAGAAGGAAGAAGAAUGGAAGAAGAAAGCUGAAAUUGUGCUGAAAGAAUUUGAAGAGGCCCUCAAGGAAAGGCAGAACAUAUAUUGUAGCUUGAUAGCACCUAGAAAAAAUAGGCUAGAAAUUGAAAAAAAUCUGCUAGUGAAAGCAGCAACCAACCCAAUAGCAAUUGAAUUACAAAUGGAGGCUGACUUGGUUGAUAUUUUUAAGCAUGAUACUCACUGUGCUGUUUUGACAAAUACCAACAAGCACCAAAAUGGCAGGUUAAUGUGGCUUUAUCUAAAAUAUUGGAAACAAACCGUGGACAUCAAAAAGUUCAAGAAAGUAGAAGAAGCUAUUGUAGGCAAAUAAAAUAUAUAUACAGUAUAUAUUAUUUUUUCAGAACGGUACACAGUGAUAUAACUAUAUUUGAGGGUCUGUGCUAUUCUAUAUCAAUAUUAAAAUGUAAAUAUAGCUGGUUGUUUAAAGGAAUAGUCAAGUCAAAAUUAAACUUUCAUGAUUCACAUAGAGCAUGCAAUUUUAACCAACUUUCUAAUUUACUCCUAUUAUACAUUUUUCUUCGUUCUCUUUAUUUUAAUGUAAUCUUAGGAGCCAGACCAUUUUUUGUUCAGCGCCUGGGUAGCGCUUGCAUAUUGGUGGCUACAUUGAGACACCAAUCAGAAAGUGCUACCCAGGUUCUGAACCAAAAAUGGGCUGGCUCCUAUGCUUACAUUCUUGCUUUUUCAAAUAACAAUACUGAGGGGCGGAAUUAUCAAGCUCCGAAUGGAGCUUGAUACUGAAACAGCAGUUAUGAAGCAGUGGUCUAAAGACUGCUGCUCCAUAACUGGUCCACCUGCUCUGAGGCUGCGGACAUCAAUCUGCCCGAUCCUAUACGAUCAGGCAGAUUGACACCCCUUGCUAGCGACCGAUUGGCCGCAAAUCUGCAGGGGGCAGCAUUGCACAGGAAGUUCACCAGAACUACUUGUGCAAUGAUAAAUGUCGACAGUGUAUGCUACAUUGUAUAAUGUCCGCUAGCACUUUCAUAAAUCGUCCCACAAGAGAACGAAAAAAAAUUGAUAACAGGAGUAAAUCAUAAAGUUGCUUAAUAUUGCCUUUUCUAUCUGAAUCAUGACAGUUUUUAAGUUUGACUAGACCAGGGGUGUCCAAACUUUGCUCUCCAGAGGUUUUGGAACUACAUUUCCGAUGAUGCUCAGCCAGCAUUUUAUCUAGCUGAGCACCAUGGGAAAUGUAGUUCCAAAACCUCUGGAGAGCAAAGUUUGGACACCCCUGGACUAGACUAUUCCUUUAACUUCAUAUAUUUUGAGUUUUGCGGCGUCACCUUCUUUUUUGUCCUGAAAUCUUCUGUUCAGAUUUUCCACAUUUGUUAGCUUUUUUAUGUUAGUGACCAAUGAUAAAUUCUUAUUUUGUCAAGUAUUGAAUGUAUUUUUAGCUUCGAGAUGUAUAUUUUACAGUGAAUUCAAUACAAUGGUGUUUAACUGACAUGGGUGAAAGUUUUUUUUUUUUACUUCUAUUAAAUUGAUUUCCAAGCCUCCUUAAGAGUCUACUUAAAGUGAACUAUUAGCUAAACCACUAAGGUAAAAAUUAUGGCUGAUAUCAAAAUUUCUUAUAACACUAAAUCCUGUUCCAAUAGGGAAAAAAAAAGCUAUGAGAUUGCGGUGUCCAAUCUGACUCUAUCAAUGUGAAAAAGUGUCAUAAAAGAAACAUGAAAUAUGGAGUCCAAUUUGACUAUAUCAAUAUGAAAAAGUGUCAUAUAGUGAGAAGAAAAAGAAAAAAAGGGGAAAGUCCCUGUUUUGUCUCUCCCUCUAUCCAUAACGUUGUUCUGUCAUUUCACUUUAUCUUGUUCUUGAUGAUAGUAGUUAUAAUAGUAUUAAUAGACAUUUAUCAAUACACCAUCCAGUUCCCCCAAGAUUAUUCUUCCUUUAUGUACUAUUGUUCUUAAAUGUUUUAAUAAAAAAGCCUUGGCUCUCCAUA